AUGGUAGCCGAUGAUUCAAACAGCGAAUUUGGUGCAGUCAUCUCUCUAGAAUUCCCAGAUGAAUUACAGAAGGCCGUUUCGAAUGCCGCUAGAUCGUCAGGUGCAAUGGAGCAAAACUAUAGUCAAAUUGAAAAAGAAACUCUGUCCAUCGUCUUUACUGUAGAAGAGUUUCAUAAAAUGCUAUACGGUCGAAAGUUGACACUCCUCAUCAACCACAAGCCACUGAUAGCAAUUUUCGGCUCCAAAAAGGAUAUUCCAGUCUGCAUUGCUAACCGCCUUCAACGUUGGGCACUGAUCAUUCUCAGCUACGAUUUUGAGACCCGCUGUCAGUCGACUACCUCAUUUGGUCAAGCAGAUGCGCUGUCGAAGCUUAUCAAAUCUCCAAGGCCAGAGUCCAAAGAUCGCGUCAUUGAUACUCCAGUUGAUUGA